GAAAGACAAAAGAUAUCAGAGAGCCACCGAUGCUGAAAGAUCUGGCCCGCGAAGUCGAAGCCCACCCGGUAGGAGACAGCUGGGGGCUACCAAGACAAAUUGAAGUAGCUCACCGCAAAGAUAGUCAGAAAAUACCAGGCUCAUGGUAUGGAGACAGUGCUGGCCGGCAACAUCACCGGGGAAUGUGCUGACCCGUAGUCGUCUCUGGCUUGCUCGGCUAUGGACCUUGCUCGGUAGUGAAUCAUUCGGCGUAUUGUUGUCCUUGAGUGUGAGGGAAAAGACGCUAAGAGAGCGACUCUCUUGGCUUGCUGUUCUGAUUCAGCCACUAAUAAUGCUUUUUGUAUACAAGAAGAGCUACUAGGAAGACCCGGCCGAUAUACUCGAUUCCUUCACUCCGGAAGUGCUACGUGCGCUAGUGUACAUAUCUCAAACUUCUACCUUAAAAUUUCGUUCUACCCCUGAUGGGACAAUAUCGCUACCAAGCCACCAC